AAAAAAAAAAAAAAAAAAAACCCAUCUUUCUUCCCACACAAAAAAUGCUUACCUUUGUCGCUUCUUGCUUCAACAAGGUUUUGUCUGGUGAAAUUCUUACAUUUGAACAAUCCAAGAGUACAUCAAAGGUCAUAUACAGAGAUGAGUUGAAUAAGAAGCAAUCACCAAGCAAGCAAAAGAGUUACUAUGGUGAUUCCUUUUCAAGUACAAAACCAUUGUUAAAAGUUAAGGAUGGAAAGGAUAUCAAGAGAAGUAGUACCGACUUUGAUGUGAAAGCGAGUACUGUAAGAGUAAAAGUGAAGAUGACAAAGCAAGAAGCUGCUCGAUUGCUUUCAAAAUGCAAAGAUGGAGGGAUUCUUGAAUUCAGAGAUGUAGCUGGUGAGCUUGUGAACCUCCCAAUGAAUCGCGUUAGCGUUGUGUCCCCUUGUCCUGGAAUCAAUAAAGUGCUCGAUACUAUCCCCGAAGACCAUUAGAUAGCAUGGUAGAGUAGUCAAUGUUAAGAGAAUAGUUCAGUUUUCCCUCUUUUUUUUUUUUUUUUUGUCAAAAUUUUCAUAAGUGAAACUAGUUUAGUAACACUUUUUUGUGAUUGAAGGCAAUUUCUUUUAUCAAAUAUCAGGUUGAAUAAAAGGUUUACGUAUCAUGUAUACAAGUAACACUCCAUCCAAAUGAAUGGUUUCGGUUUGAGAUACAAAUACCCAAUAAUUUCUUUUAUCA